UGAAAAGACACGGACACACAUGAAGACAAUAUAGCCAGAGGGAAAAAAAGACAGAAAUGUGAAAAUAACAGUGAAUGCAGCUUAUGCUCUUUAUACCAACAACCAGCAGAGUAUCCUCUUCUUCAAACAAAAACAGCGCGUAGCAUCUAGUACACAGACCAAAUAGAGAAAACCACAGCUCUUUAAAUAGAUGGCUGAAAUAGAGAAGUGUGAAGUGGACAGAGAUACGCAGAGGCAGAGGGAGACAGAGCGAGAGCAGAAGUUUACAUCAGUCUUUAAAAAGCAGAGUGGCAUCCAGUGCCACCUUGGGACGGCAGAUAUCGCUCUGAGCUAACCUGGGAUUUCCUCACGGCAACAAUUUCACCAAGCAGGGAGGACAAAGGCAGUAGGACGAAGAGGACACUAAGGGGUUAAGAAAAAGGAAGAGGCAAAUCACUCGUAAAAAAAACAGGGGGGCUCAUGGGAAACCUCCUGAAAGUGCUGGCUUGCGCCGAACUUGAGCAUGGCCCAAUAGUUUUCCUUGACUUUGAACAUGCCCAGCCCACGGAGGCAGAGACAGCAGUGUGGAACCAGGUCAGCGCCGUGCUGGAGGAGGCCCAUGGGAUCCUAGCCGAGCUGCAGUCUUAUAAUGGCGCGGGCCAGGAGAUACGAGAAGCCAUCCAGAACCCAGGCGACCUCGCUCUGCAAGAGAAGGCCUGGAAUGCGGUCUGCCCCCUGGUAGCCAAACUGAAGCGCUUCUACGAGUUUUCCCUCAGACUGGAGAACGCCUUGCGCAGCCUGCUGGAGGCGCUGACGAGCCCGCCCUACGCUCCCAUGCAGCACCUGGAGAGAGAGCAGGCCCUGGCCAAACAGUUCGCUGAGAUCCUUCAUUUUACACUCAGCUUUGAUGAACUGAAGAUGACAAAUCCAGCCAUACAGAAUGACUUCAGCUACUACAGGAGGACUAUAAGUAGGAACAGGCUGAACAACCAGCAGCUGGAAGCGGAGAACGAGGUCAACAAUGAGAUGGCCAAUCGAAUGUCCCUGUUCUACGCUGAAGCAACACCAAUGCUGAAGACUCUGAGUAACGCCACCACCAAGUUUGUUUCAGAGAAUAAGACCUUGCCCAUAGAGGACACCACAGACUGUCUGAGCACCAUGGCCUGUGUGUGCCGCGUAAUGCUGGAGACCCCUGAGUACCGCUGCCGGUUCACCAACACAGACACCAUGCUGUUCUGCAUGCGGGUGAUGGUGGGAGUCAUCAUUCUCUAUGACCACGUUCACCCUGUUGGGGCUUUCGCCAAGACCUCCAAAAUCGACAUGAAGGGCUGCAUCAAGGUGCUGAAAGAGCAACCGUCCAACAGCGUGGAGGGACUUCUGAACGCACUGAGGUAUACAACACGGCAUCUAAACGAUGACAGCACCUCCAAACAAAUCAGGGCCCUCCUGCAAUGAGAAGGUGGAGAGACGGAGAAAAGGAGUGGAGAAAACAAGAAGACAAGGAGGAAACAAAUGGCUGAUAAACCUGUUUGUUUACAACGAACAAAGAAUAUCUCCAGGUUUUAAGGGAAACCUGAUGAUAAUAAGAAGAGGAAAAUAAUUAUAUAUAUUGUCAGCUGUUCAUCAUUCUGUCUCUCAUUUUGUAAAGUAAGAAAAGAGAAAGAAAAAAAAAGAAGCCAGAAAAGAAAAUAUAGAUAUAUAUUAAAAACAAAAGCAAAACACAAGCAGCAGAUGGAAAUUAAGUAGGAUUAAAGAGGAAGCUAUAUUGCAAAAUUUAAGGUCAGGAGUGAAGUUAACUGAAGGUGUACAAAAAAAAAAGGUUUGUGUUCCAGCAGUAGUCUGACGAGUAUUUUUGCACACACACACAACACCAUCUACUUUACCCUGAGAUCUGAUCCCAAACCGAUUCCCACAGACUUUUACUGUGCCCCUCACAAGCUUUUGAGGUUGCAGAUGUUGUGGUGUGGAGUGGUGGUCUCCUUCAGCUGCACUGAUCUCCACCUGCAGGCCGUUCAUGAAGCAAUGUGAUGGAUGCCCUCCGGAGAUUUGCUUCUACUGCAUCGGUGCGGCUGAAGGAACACAGGCAACGGGACGAGUCGUCUUUUUCGGAUCCAUGUUUCGCCCUGAUUUCUUCCUCAUUGCCCAUCACCCUCAAUCCUAUUCCCACAGACUCAUCCAUCUAUGGAACAUGUGGUUUUUCCUCGGCACUGACAAAUUCCAUCCAAUGUGUGCCCUUACGCUGUAAAUGUUCCAGCACAAAACAUCUUGUGAAUAGUCUGGCUUUACUUGAACAAUGCCGUUCACUCUCUCUCUCCCCAUGGUGCUAAUGUGGUCUAGAGACCACAGUGCUAUCUGGUUAGAGAUCCAUUUCUUCAUCCCUUUUUUUGCACUAACAUGUAAAAUCUAAACUUCUGAGAACAUCUGAUUGCAGCUAUGCUGUGAUUUCCCAUUAGUGUGCAUACAGGGACAAAUCCCAUUCUACAGGAGCUGUAAAAUGAAA